AUGCCGCGGGGGUUCCUGGUGAAGCGGAGCAGGAGACCGGGGAGCUCUUACCGGGUGCGCCCUCCAGGAGGGCCCCCUCCUGCGCCCCGCCUGGAGGAAGCGCCCCGCGUCCCAGUGCCUGUGCCGGAGCCUUCGCAUCAUCACCAUCAUGAUCAGCAGCUGCCUCAGCCAAACUUCCUUCUGGCGGCCGUCUGGGGCGCGGGAAGCUCGAACACCGCAGCCCCGGCAGCGGGAGAGUCGCAGCGCUGCGCCCGCUCUCCCGCCUCGGCGGAGUCCUUCCCGCUGGGGCCUGGCUUGGCGGCGGCGGAGAAGCUUCCUCUGCUUCCUCGCACGCCCCUGCCCUUGCCCUUGCCUGUGCCUCUCCCCCUGCCUGCGGCACCGCUUUGCCCCGCUGCGGCGCUCAAGCGGCCACCCAGAGCCAAGGCGCCGCCCGCCAAGAAGCCGAAGGCCGCGCGUAAGCUGAGCUUCGCCGACGAAGUGACCACAUCGCCGGUCCUGGGGUUGCGGAUCAAGGCGGCGGUCGAAGGGGGCGCCGAGCGGCCUCGUGGGGCCCGCCCGACACUGCUGGGGGAGUUCGUCUGCCAGCUGUGCAAGGAGCCCUACGCUGACCCCCUGGCGCUGGCCCAGCACCGCUGCUCGCGGAUCGUGCGCGUCGAGUACCGCUGCCCGGAGUGCCACAAGAUCUUCAGCUGCCCGGCCAACCUGGCCUCUCACCGCCGCUGGCACAAGCCGCGCCCGCCCGCCUCCGCCGGCCCCGCCCAGGACAAAGAGAACAGCCGCGGGGAGGCCGGCCCCGGCACCGUCGAGGGCUCUGGCCUGGGCGCUCCCUCUGGCGAGCUCUUCCUCUGCCCCUAUUGCCACAAGACCUUUCGGCGCCAGGCGUACCUGCGCAAGCACCUGGGCACCCACCAGGCCCCCGGCGGCGUCAGCUACGGCGGCAGCCCCCCACCUUCCCACCCGCCUCCGCAGCAGAUCACCUUCCCCUGCCACUUGUGCGGGGCGCACUUCCCCUCGGCCGACAUCAGGGACAAGCACCGGCUGUGGCACGCCCAAAUCUUCUCCUGUAAGCAUUGCCCCUCCACUUUCUUCAGCUCGCCCGGCCUAACCCGGCACAUCAACAAGUGCCAUCCCUCGGAGAACAGGCAGGUUCUCCUACUGCAGAUGCCCGUCAGGCCAGGCUGCUAG